UCUGAUUGAUAAGGAUUAAACAAAAGUUGUGAAUAAUAAGUCACGCGCACGCACGCUUACGAACUUAACGAAGUGAUCUGCAAAAAACGUGGAACCUCGUUUUAAUGUGUGUAGUGCUGUAAGGGGCUAAAAAUUAAUUGUUGGUGAUGGAAAUUUUGAAAGAAUUAAGAAAUGGGAUACCUCUGGAACCGUUGCCUCCUUCAGAACCUCGUAAUUCACAAAUGCCUCAUGCUCCUGUUCGUAAUACUCAUUUAACUUUCCAAGAAGAGCAGCUAGCAUUGAAAAAUAGUCUUAGGUAUUUUCCAAGUUACUUACAUCAAACAUUGUCACCUGAGUUUGCAAAAGAGCUGAGAGAAUAUGGGCACAUUUAUAUGUAUAGAUUUCGACCGACGUUUGAAAUGCGAGCCUAUUGCAUAUCAGAUUAUCCAGCGCAGAGUAAUGAAGGAGCUGCUAUAAUGCUUAUGAUAAUGAAUAAUCUGGAUCCUCGAGUUGCUCAGUUUCCGGAAGAGCUGAUAACAUACGGCGGGAAUGGUCAAGUGUUCUCAAACUGGGCGCAGUUUUGGUUGGUGAUGAAAUACCUGAGCAAACUCACUACAAAUCAGACACUUGUAAUGAUGUCUGGACAUCCUUUAGGACUCUUCCCAUCCAGUGAGUUUGGACCAAGGAUGGUGAUUACUAAUGGCAUGAUGGUACCCAAUUACUCAACAAGAACCAAUUAUGAUCGUUUAUUUGCUUUGGGAACGACUAUGUAUGGGCAAAUGACGGCCGGAAGUUAUUGCUACAUUGGUCCCCAAGGAAUUGUUCAUGGAACUACUCUGACAUUAAUGAAUGCGGGACGAAAAUAUCUCAAAGUAAAUGAUAUGACGGGGAAGGUUUACAUCAGCUCUGGAUUAGGCGGAAUGAGCGGCGCACAAGCAAAAGCUGCUGUUAUUUGCGGUUGCAUAGGUGUUAUUUCAGAGGUAGAUUAUAGUGUCUUACAAAAGCGUUAUGAUCAAGGAUGGGUACUAGAAAUAAUUGAUAACUUAGAUGCUCUGAUAAAUCGUAUUAGGGAGGCAAAAAAGAAGAAAAUAGCGACGAGCAUAGGAUAUUAUGGAAAUAUAGUUGAUGUAUGGGAACGAAUCAAAAAAGUAUAUGAAAGUACUGGAGAAUUGUUGGCUGACCUAGGUUCUGACCAAACCUCUUGCCAUAACCCGUUUGAUGGAGGCUAUUAUCCUGCUCAGCUAUCAUUUGAGGAAGCAAAAUUGCUUAUAGUGAAUGACCCAUCCAGGUUUAAAACACUUGUUCAAGAAAGCUUGCAACGACAUAUUUCCGCUAUUAAUUUUUUGUCUGAUAAUGGCUUAUAUUUCUGGGAUUAUGGAAAUGCAUUUCUUUUAGAGGCACACAGAGCUGGUGCUGAUGUUGGCGGCAGACAAGAAGGAGGUCGUCUUGUAUUUAGAUAUCCAUCCUACGUUCAACAUAUCAUGGGGGAUAUUUUUUCACUUGGAUUUGGACCAUUCAGAUGGGUUUGUACUUCCAAUGAUCCAGAAGAUCUUGAAAGAACCGAUCACAUUGCCGCCUCUGUCUUAGAAGAUAUUCUCGAGGAAAAAGUUCCAUCAUCAGUCGAAGAUCAACUUCGUGAUAACCUUAAAUGGAUAAAAGAAGCUGGUUGUCACAAAAUGGUUGUAGGAUCUCAAGCAAGAAUUCUUUAUGCUGACCAUCGAGGACGACUUCGGAUAGCUUUAGCAUUUAACCAAGCUAUUAAAAAUGGAUUAAUUCAGGCACCCAUUGUUCUGAGUAGAGACCAUCAUGAUGUGAGUGGUACAGACAGUCCUUUCAGAGAAACUUCAAAUAUAACUGAUGGCUCAGCUUUUUGUGCUGAUAUGGCAGUGCAAAAUUGCAUCGGAGAUUCAUUUCGAGGUGCAACAUGGGUAGCUCUUCACAAUGGCGGAGGUGUUGGAUGGGGUGAAGCAAUAAAUGGAGGAUUUGGAUUAUUAUUGGAUGGUACUCAUGAAGCUGAAAUCAAAGCAAGGCAAAUGCUUUCUUGGGAUGUUCUAAACGGGGUUGCUAGGCGGUGUUGGUCCGGAAACAGCAAUGCCAAUGAGGUGAUGCAGCAAGCAAUGAAAGAGGAAGACAGACUUGAAAUUACAAUGCCGAAUGAUGUGGUGGAUGAAGAUCUUCUUAAAAAAUGUCUUAAAAGCAACUAGGAAUUUGAAACAUUUCGCGAACUUGAAAGAAGAUUUGUAGAGUUAAAACUUCUGCCUACUUAAUCCUUACCUUACUCGCGGUUUAGAGAAAUCAUUUAAAUGACAGCGAAGAUUUUGUAAAUAAAUUUUUUAAAUAUCAUUUGUCUCAAAAAUGUACAAUUUACUAUUGUUUACAAUUAUUCAGACUCGUUUUGAACCUUACUUAAAAGUGUAUGCAUUAUGUUCUCAAAUAAAUCUAUUUUAUUACAAAAAAA